GAGGCGGCGGCGGCGGCGGCGGCGGCGACAACGCUAUUCUGGACACAGCCGGCAAGAUUGUUUGUGUCGCACGAAAAAAAGGAAUAAACGGCAGAGGGGGCCGGCCACGCCGCACCAGGCGCGUCUGGCUAGCCUUCUAGAUCGUCCCAGUCUCGGUGCGUCAGGUCGGACUCCCUGGCCCGACGGAGGUGGUCCCCUUGGCGCCGGCGCCAUGUCCGCCCACCCCCUGUCGGCAGUCUGCCGGAUCUCUAGCUGUGUGUGUGUGUGUGUCUUUGUGACCCCCGAACAUUGUCCUUUAUUUUUAUGGCGGUGAUAAGGCUGGCGCACAAGAGAAGCCGCUUAGGGCGAACGCGCCAUCCCGGCAAUAUCGAACUAGGGCAACAUUAGCCUGUUUUCCCGAAACCUGGCCCUGCGGUUUGCUUGACGAUCACAGCAAGGAAACAAAUGAGAGAGAGGGAAAAGCAAGCACGAUGGAAACAGCUAUCAGAUCUUGAUGCGCCACACGCCCAGUGAUAUCGCAUCGGUCGAUAUGCCGAGACACGGUGCCGCUAUGACCUGCUGUUGUCAGCUAUCGCCCGGGCUCCAACAGCCAUCCCACCUGCCAUCUAGUAAGCUCCGUCUCGGUUACGGCGCAAGAAUCUAUGCCCCACGCACCAACGGCACACAAGCAGGUAGGUGGUGCCGUCCCUGCCGGGGGCCCGCAGUCAGACUUCUGGCAAGCGAGAGUGCGCUGAGCGGGCCCCAGUCUUCGCUUUCUAAACGACCGGCUGGCCGGGGAGUGGACGGCAACUGCUGCAUCCCACGUACGACAUCAAUGCUUUGGUUGCAGAAGCCGGGAGGCCGGGGGGUGGAUGGCUAG